AUGUUGAUGGCUUGGUCCACGACAGCACUUCUGAUGCAUAUUCAGCCCGCUGUGAUGAUGGUCAUUGGUGUUGGUUGGGGCAUUGAAGAGCUGAUGCACAAAUCGACCAAAUUGAACAUGCCCAUGGCCCUCGGUGUGGCAGCAUCCUGGAGCGCUUACACGGAGUUUCCUUUUCUGCAUCCAAAAUCUCACUUCUAUUGGUGGAUCCCAGAUCCCACCUUUCUGGAGUUGGAGCCAGUUCAGGUGGUCUAUCCACCGCAUGACAAAAGACUUUUCAGCAGUGGUGAUUUGUCGACCGCAACAGUAGGCGUUUCGGUUGACAAGCACGUCAGCAGAGACUUGAGCAUUUUGGCGCCCAAUGUGGAGAAUUUUGUGAGCAAGAUUCUUAUGACCUUGGAGGACAUGAACGCUUGCCCCUCGGGUACCUUCUCGCAGCUCUUGGAAGAUUCCAUUGGCGAGACCUACAUUUGUGUGCCAU